UUUUGUGAUAACAUGUUGGGGUGUUCCAUUACUAUGUCCAUUAAAGAAAACCAGAACUCAAGAACUUGGCCUGCAAAAAACGAUGGAUUUGCCACCAAAUUUUCUUCUUUGCUUUAUCGUAUUUGCAUCAUCAGCCUUAUUUCUAUUCAUCCGAAGAAGAAACAACUCCGUUACAGGCAAGCUCCCUCCAGGACCACCAGGAUGGCCCAUUUUUGGCAACAUGUUCGACCUAGGCACCAUGCCACACCGGACGCUGACCCGCCUUCGAGACAAGUAUGGUCAAGUCAUAUGGCUCAGGUUGGGAGCGGUUAAUUCCAUGGUAAUCCUAUCAACGAAAGCAGCCACCGAGUUCUUCAAGAACCAUGAUCUCACCUUUGCUGAGCGCCACAUCACGGAAAUCAUGCGUGCCCACGGUUACCACAAGAGCUCAAUGGCUUUAGCACCAUACGGUUCAUACUGGCGCGUGCUGAGGCGGUUGGUCACAGUGGAUAUGCUGGUCAACAAGCGGAUAAACGAAACGGCUUGCGUACGAAGAAAAUGCGUUGACGAUAUGCUCGGGUGGAUCGAAGACGAGGCGAGUAAGAUUCGAGGAGAGUCGAAUAGGAAUGGAAUCCAUGUGGCUCGUUUUGUGUUCUUGUUGAGUUUAAAUUUGCUUGGAAACCUUAUGCUGUCGCAAGAUUUGUUCGAUCCAAAUUCUAAGGAAGGGUCUGAAUUCUUCCUUGUUAUUCUGAGGCUAAUGUCAUUGUCUGGAACAGGAAAUAUAGCAGAUUAUUUCCCCUGGUUGAAAUGGCUUGACCCUCAAGGAUUGAAAAGGAAGAUGAACAAGGAUCUGGGUAAGGCCAUUGAUAUCGCCUCAAAGUUUGUAAAGCAAAGAAUGGAAGACAAGAAGUUGAGUGAAAAUAAUAAGAGGGAUUUCUUGGAUCUGUUGCUUGAGUUUGAAGGAAAUGGCAAAGAUGAACCAGCUAAAUUAUCUGACCAAAACCUCAAUGUCUUUAUCCUGGAGUUACUUAUGGCAGGUUCAGAAACAACAAGCAGCACCGUAGAAUGGGCAUUGACUGAGUUGCUUUGCAAUCUAGAAAGCAUGGUUAAGGUCAAAGCAGAGCUUAGUCGUGUUGUUGGACCAAACAAAAGCGUAGAAGAGAGUGAUAUUCAGAACCUUCAUUACUUGAACGCAGUGAUCAAAGAGACAUUCCGAUUGCACCCUCCAAUCCCAUUCCUUGUCCCAAGAAGGGCAAUGCGAGACAGUGAAUUCAUGGGAUAUCAUAUACCCCAAAACACACAAGUUUUUGUAAAUGCUUGGGCAAUCGGAAGGGAUCCUGAAGUGUGGGAUGACCCUUUGUCGUUCAAGCCCGAGAGGUUUAUUGGGUCGAAAAUAGAUUACAAGGGCCAUAACUUUCAGCUGAUUCCUUUCGGAGCUGGAAGAAGGAUGUGCGCAGGUGUGGCACUGGGUGAGAGAGUUCUUCACCUUGUUUUAGGCUCAUUGCUUCACCACUUUGAUUGGGAACUUGGAGGCAACGUGACCAAAGAGACAAUUGACAUGAGAGACAUUUUAGGUGUGACAAUGAGAAAACUAGAACCACUGCUGGCAGUUCCUAAAAUGUGCUUGAAAUCUGCAGAUUAAAGUAAAGUGGGAUAUUAUUAUUACAUUUAGAUGGUCAAUUUGAAACCUUUUGCAAGUUUAUUAUUUGUAUUAAGCAUCUGAUGCAUACUUUGUAUUUCACUGUUCUUUUAUUUUUAGCAAAACUGUCAGAUAAGGAUUGUUGAAAUGGUAAAAUAAAUUUUCACUCAGGAUCAGCAUUCUUGAA